GUGACAGUGCAGUGGUUACUGUGAUCAGCAAUAAUGGAAGAGAAAGAGAAAGCCAGACAAGAGUUUUUGAAUGAGACAAAGACGUUUCUGCAGACCUGUCAAAAUACCUUCAGCAAGGUGUUACAGGAACUGGACUGGUCGCCUUCUCAUUUUGUCGAGCAAAAGGAUAUCAGUGUAUGCUGCUACAAUCCUGGACAUAUAAUGAAGACAGAAGAUCUGAAGAAACAUGAGGAAAUAUGUCGCUUUACCUCAAGAGGUGUUCCAAAAGCUGAGGCAUUGGAUGAAUCAAAGAGGACAUCACAGUUCUUUUAUGAAAAUGUUAGCAGUGUCUGCAAUGUUCCCAUAGACAAGGAGACUUUAAACAAAGUUCUUUGGGAUCAUCACGUAGAAAACCAUUCAAUUUUCUAUGGCAAGAGUGAGGUCCCUUUGACUACGGAGGAGGCAAGCAUUAUGCUGACCCCCAGUGAACGUGGUGCGCUGCACAACUAUAUUAUAAAGACGGCCAAAGAACAACACAAAGUUCAUGGAGUGGAGACAGAUACACUUUUGACAGCCGACUUCCAAGAAAUAGUAAAAAAGAAGGCUUUAGAGGGACAGAACUCCAAACCAACAAGUUACACAGAAUACCUGAGGGCCAUGAGAGACUAUAAGAGGAGAAGGCAGUCCUACAGGGCUAAGAACGUCCAUAUCACGAGGAAAUCUUACACUGAGAUUAUAAAGGAAGUGAUUGAGAAUCAAACAGACUAUCUCACUGAGAUUUUGAAAGAAGAUCAGGGGGAAGAUAAGCAGAUCGUGGAAGAGGAGACACAGUCACAGUCCGCUAGAAAGUCUGACAGUGGUUUCAUCAAUAAAGAUCACAGUGAAAGAGUUGAUGCAAGUCAAAGAGAUGGAUACAGAACCACAAGUCACAGAGACCAAGACAGAAGCAGGAGUCAUGAAAGAAGUCGGGAUCGAGACAGAAGUCGUCAGCAAGAUAGGAGUCAAGAUAAGGAGAGUCGUCAGCGAGAUAGAAGCCGAGACAGUGAAAGAAGUCGCAAGAGAGAUGAAAGAAGUAAUAACAGAGAGCGAAGUCGACAUGAAGAGGAAGACGGUGAGCAGGAUAGGGAACGGAGGAAAAAGAGAAAGAAAGAUCGAAACCGUCGGAGCAGCAGUCGAGAGCACAACAGAGAUAAACAUAGUCACAAGCACAAACAUAAACACAAGAAAUCUGAUCGCUAAGGACAAUAGGCUCAGUUUAUCAUCGUUAACAUGUAUAUGUAACAGUGUUCUUGAAAUUAUGUAUUGUGAGUUAGAAAUAUUGAAUAUGAAUAGAUUCGACCAUAACAAUUAAUCUUAGCUUUUGCUUC